CCUUUUCUUUAUUAAGACAAAUCAAACACAAACCUUUUAAAACAACUUUCAUAUUCCUUCUAAGCUUCCAUGAUUCAAAAUCUCAUAUUUUUCAUCUCUUACACAGCACAUAGUUUUCUACCAAAACACCAGCUUCAAAGCAAAAAGCCAAACUUUACCAUGCAGUAGAAUUCUCACCUGUUGCAGCUAGCCACCCAAUGACCCAAACCACACAAAUUAAUUUCCCAUAUUAAAUAUCCCGUCUUUUUCGAACUUCCACCGAUCAAAUAAAAAUGGGGUCUGCAACAUCUUCUAUGGCUGCAAAGUUUGCAUUUUUCCCACCAGACCCUCCAUCAUAUAGCAUAUAUGUGGAUGAACCAACUGGGAAAUUGAGGAUCUCUGAUGUUCAUCCCAGAGAUGAUGUGGACGUGGUCAAGCUCAGCACCAAGAAAGGGAAUGAGAUUGUGGCAAUGUUUGUCAAAAAUCCAUGUGCUUCUCUCACUCUGCUUUACUCCCAUGGAAAUGCUGCUGAUCUAGGUCAGAUGUACCACAUUUUCACUGAGCUUAGUCUUCAUCUUGGUGUAAAUCUCAUGGGGUAUGACUAUUCUGGUUAUGGACAAUCUUCUGGAAAGCCAAGUGAGCAGGACACUUAUGCAGACAUAGAGGCUGCAUAUAAAUGCCUUGAAGAGACGUAUGGUAUAAAGGAGGAAGACGUCAUAUUGUAUGGACAGUCAGUUGGAAGUGGACCUGCUUUGGAGUUGGCUAUUCGUUUGCCUCACUUGAGGGCUGUAGUUCUGCACAGUCCUAUACUGUCUGGCCUUCGAGUGAUGUACCCUGUUAAGAAAACAUUCUGGUUCGACAUUUACAAGAAUAUCGAUAAGAUCCCGUUUGUCAAUUGCCCAGUUCUGGUAAUUCAUGGAACUGAAGAUGAAGUUGUGGAUUUCUCCCAUGGUAAGCAACUGUGGGAGCUUUGCAAAGAGAAGUAUGAGCCUUUGUGGCUUAAAGGAGGGAACCAUUGUAAUUUGGAACUCUAUCCAGAGUACUUGAGGCAUCUCAGGAAGUUCAUAUCUGCCAUAGAGAAAUUACCACGUGUUCAAAGUUUACCUGAACCAAGUGCAGAUCCAUUGGAGUCUUCUCCGAAGACCAUAGACAACAAGGAGAAGGCCAGAUCAAGCACUGACCAGAAAGAGAAGUCUAGGUCCAGCACUGGGCAGAGAGAGAAAUCUAGACUGAGCACAGACGGCAGAGAGAAAUCAAGAACCAGCACUGAUAAGAGAGAGAAGUCAAGAAAGAGCACCGAUCGAUCUGGCAAGGCAAGGAAUAGCACAGAUCAGUCAGAGAGAGCUAGAAACAGCUUCGACCGCUUGGGAGAUAUGGUGAGGUCGGUUGGAUUGUGUAAUGUUGAUUGUCUGAAGCAUGCAGCAUUAGAGGCUUGAGGUAGAAAGGUUGAGUGCUCCUUCUUGGAUUGUAAUUUGUUUAGAGACUGAAAUGUUUGGUUGAUGGGAUGUUUGGAUGAAGGGAAUGAUUUUUUCCCCCAAGGUUUUAUCAAAUGGUAAUAGGCUCACGUGCAGCCCCAUUCCUCAUGGGGUUCUUCUUUCUC